AUGGUGAGACUAAGACACCUAAAGCAAAAUUCCAUCCGUGCCCUCCUUUCUCCUCUCAACACCAACAAUCCCAUCAACUACUCAACAUUAGCAGCAUCCACCACCACCAAUCCUCUCAGUUUAAACCCAUUAUUCCCAUCUUUCUCAUCACCAUCCCACAAAUUACAAGCAGAUGAUUUGGUAUUAACCUUUCGUGAAUGGUUCAAGUCAAGUGGAAACCCUCUUCUUGACCAAAUCCUUGAAGUCUUAUCUUCAAUUGAAAACCAAGAUCUUAUAGUUGAACGUGAAGCCAUAGAUGCAGCUUUAUCUUCUCUAAACCUACACCUCACAGAGUCACUUGUUCUUGAUGUUUUAUCAUACGGGAAAGAUGUUUUAUCUUGUACCAAAUUCUUCGAUUGGGCGGGUCGACAACCCGGUUUUCACCAUUCCCGAGCCACAUUCCAUGCAAUUUUCAAGAUCCUUUCAAGAGCAAAGCUGAUGUCUUUAAUGUUUUACUAUUUAGACAGCUAUAGCAAGCUUCGAGGGGGUCAUAAGUCAAACUUUCACAACAUUUUAGUCAUGGGUUAUGCUGUGGCGGGAAAACCCGAAAUUGCCCUUCAGUUAUUCGGACGUAUGCGUUACCAAGGUAUUGAUUUAGAUGAUUUUGCUUAUCAUGUGCUUUUAAAUGCUUUAGUGGAAGAGGGUUAUUUUGAUGGAGUUGACUCAGUUGCUACACAGAUCAAGAAUCGUGGUCUUGAAUCCGAAAUCACUUAUUCGAUUUUGGUUAAGAGUUUUUGUAGGAAAAAGGAGUUUGAUAAAGCUGAAAGUUAUCUUCGUGGGGUGAUUAAUAGUGGGAUUAAGAUAAAAAGUGGUGGUUAUAUAGUUGGUGCUCUUGUUGAUGGGUUAUGUAAGAACAAUGAGUUUGAUAAAGCUGGGAAAUUAGUCGAUGAAUUUGGGGAAUUUCAUGUUUAUGAUAUAUGGAUUCGGGAACUCGUUCGUGCUAGAAAGCUAGAUGGAGCUAUGGAGUUUUUGCAAAAAACUAGGAACCAAAAGACGGCUGUUUAUGUUCCGGAUGUUUUUCGUUACAACUCCUUGAUUUUAAGACUUCUAAGAGAAAACAGACUCGAAGAAGUAUGUGAUUUAGUGAUUGAAAUGAGGGAAAACAAUAUCCCUCCAGAUGAGUUAACAAUGAACAUUGUUUUAUGCUUUUUUUGUAAAGCAGGAAUGGUGGAUAUUGCUGUAAAAUUAUACGAUUCAAGAACAGAGAUUGGAUUAUCUUUGAGUUCAAUGGCUGUUAAUUAUUUAAUGAAUACCCUUUGUAGGGACGGAAGCGUCAUUGAUGCAUAUCGUAUUUUAAAAAACUCACUUGAUCAAGGGUAUUUCCCGGGAAAAACCGCGUUUUCUAUCAUGGCUGAUGCUUUAUGCAAGGUGGAAAAAGUUGACAUAAUGGAUGACUUGUUUCGUGUUGCUUUGGAACAUAAGAUUAUGUUGAGUGAUAAGUUUCAUGAAAAGUACAUAAAUGCCCUUUGUAGGAUUGGGAGAUUAGAAGAUGGGUAUAUCAGACACGUGGAAUUAAACCGGUUAAAUGAAGUCACACCCAAAUUUGCUUACAAUUCUUUGAUAGAUGGGUUUAUUAAUCGCAAAAGAGGUGAUAUUGCAGCAAUGUUAUUGAUACAAAUGCAAGAAAAACAUCAUACCCCUAGCCGGAACUUGUUUUGUGGUGUGAUUCAAAGCAUAUGUGAAAUGGAAAAUCCCGAAAUACAGUUUCAAAAGUUGUUGGAAAUGCAGUUGUCUGUUCAGAAACUCGGGUGUUGGGUUUUUAAUCAUUUUAUAGAAGGAGCUGGGAUUGCUAAAAGACCUGAUUUAGCUAAAGAAGUUUAUCAAAUGAUGAAAAGAAAUGGGAUUUCUCCUAAUGUGAGUGCGGAUAUUUUACUGUUGAAAAGUUUUCUAGCAAGUGAAAAAGUAUCCAAUUCUUUGACUUUAUUCUAUGAUGUUUCUAAAAAACGAAAAAUUGGGAGAAAAGUAUUCAACACGAUUGUUGUUGGUUUAUGCAAAGCAAAUAAACCCGACAUUGCUUUGAGCAUCUUUUUAGAAAUUAGAGAAAAAGAGAAGAAUUUGAGACCGAGUCUUGAAUGUUAUGAAGAACUUGUAUACGUUUUAUGCAAAUACAAAAGAUAUGACAAAGUCAUGGAUGUUAUCAGUGACAUGAUUCAAGUUGGGCGUCCUUUAUCGUCUUUUAUCGGGAACAAUUUGCUUCUAUAUUCUUUAAAAGAUCAAAACCUAUACAGCACUUGGGUUGACACACUACCCACCGAGUCGACUCAGUCGUCACCUAUGUGGAAACUCGGCGAGUUGGUUGGGUUGUUUUCUGAUCGGUUUAGAGACGAUAUAGAUAUUGAUGAGUUGGAGGAAGUAGUGGGGAAGUGUUUUCCACUUGAUAUAUACACAUACAAUAUGCUUUUGAGGAAACUAAUAAAGAAACAGGUGGAUGAUGCUUCUAGAUUGUUCCGGAAGAUUUGUGAGAAAGGGUAUAAGCCGAAUCAGUGGACUUAUGAGACUUUGGUGCAUGGGUUUUACAGACAUGGUAGGGCGGGUGAAGGUAAAGUAUGGUUGGAGGAGAUGCAGAAGUUAGGGUUUACUCCAAGUGAGGCUACAACUGUAUUGCUUUAA